CGGCAAUUACGGAAGCACUUGCUGAAAUCUAUUGCCCGUCGAAUCCGGCUGCAGGAGCAAAGCCAGCUACGUGUAAUAUUGCCCGAAAAUGGCCGAAAGGAAGACCAACGUACCCAGCUCCAGUGCAAAUUUGCUGUUCUCCACGGCGCCGGAAUUUAAUUUUAACUUGCCAUUUAUUCCUGUCAGUCAAGCCACAGGCCCAGCAGUUUUAUCCGGAGAUGAUGGGAGUGAAGUUGGAGAAGAAGACAGCUUCCUUGGUCAGACCUCAUCAACAGCUCCUCUGCCCUCAACAUUUAGCUAUUUUUCUGGUUCUACCAAUAGUAGUGACCCAUUUGCUUCAAUAGGCUAUCAGCCGAGCAUGCCUCCCGUUCCUGCCGUCACUCCGUCCACGGUUUCUUCUCAAGUAUCCAGUACUGCGAGUGUACCAAAUCCUUCCGUUUCUUAUGCGAACCCUACUCAGCAAUAUGCUAGUACAGUUUUCCAGAGUCCCAUGCGUACCCACACUCCUCCCCCUAAUGUGGCCACACCUCCACCUCCUCCAGGCCCCCAGCAAACCUUUAAUCCAUAUCGUCACACAGCCACAAGUAGUAAAGCAAGUCCUUACCUUAUGGCUCCUGAGCUACAACAGCAACCUCCUAGUCAGUCUGCACAGCAUCUCAGCCCUUACUCUCAGCCUCCACCAGCGCCCACAUUCCAGACCACACCUACAACAUUUGCUAAGCCUCACACUACACAGGCUCCACCACCACCUGCAGGAUCCAGCAUGUCUGGUCCUUUGGUUCCAGUCAAUCCCAUGGUGCAAUACACUUAUAAUGUCUACGAGGCUAUCCAGCCUCACUGGUUUUAUUGUAAGCAAGUGGAGUCCAAAAAUGUUUGGCUUCCCUUUAGUAUAGUGGAUUCCAUUCAACUGGAAGAGACUUUCAAUUCUGUUCAGCCAGACCCAGAGAAUGUGGUAGUGUGUACAGACGGUGGGCGGUAUGAUGUGCAGCUAUAUGACCGCAGUAGAACUGCAGUGUACUGGGAGGAGGAACCGACUGAGGUGCGACGGUGUACCUGGUUCUACAAAGGUGACACAGACAGCCGCUUUAUCCCCUAUUCAGAGGAGUUCAGUGACAAACUAGAGGCAGAAUAUAAAAAAGCAGUGACUACUAAUCAGUGGCACCGCAGACUGGAAUUUCCAUCAGGGGAAACAAUCGUCAUGCACAAUCCAAAGGUGAUAGUGCAGUUUCAGCCGUCAGCCAUGCCUGAUGAGUGGGGCACCACACAAGAUGGUCAGACCCGGCCCAGAGUGGUAAAAAGGGGUGUGGAUGAUGACCACGAUGAAGUCCCUGAUGGUGAGAUGCCACAAGUGGACCAUCUGGUGUUUAUGGUGCAUGGCAUUGGCCCAGUCUGUGAUCUACGAUUCAGAAGCAUGGUGGAAUGUGUGGAUGACUUCCGCAGUGUAUCUCUGAAGUUGCUGCGGAGCCAUUUUAAGAAGGCUCAGGAUGAGCAUGUUAUCAGUCGUGUGGAGUUCCUGCCUGUUCAUUGGCACACAGCCCUUCAUGGGGAUGCUACAGGAGUGGACAGGCGCAUAAAGAAAAUCACUCUGCCCAGCACAGGCCGGCUACGGCAUUUUACCAACGAAACCCUUUUGGAUGUGCUUUUCUACAACAGCCCAACCUAUUGUCAGACCAUAAUGGACACUGUGGCUUUUGAGAUAAACCGGCUCUAUGCAUUGUUCAUGCAGAGAAACCCAGACUUCAGAGGGGGUGUGUCAGUAGCUGGACACAGCUUAGGGUCUUUGAUACUCUUUGAUUUACUGUCUAAUCAGAAGAGCUCCUCGUCUUCUUCUGAACUAACACCUAAUGGAAUUUCUCAACCUGAGGUGAAGCAGGUGAGUCCUUCAGUCUCUCAGAGCAGUGAGGGCCUUAGCCUGGCUACAACAAAGGAGGGAAAGGAGAAGACAGACAAGACUGCAGAUCUCUCAUCUGUUCUGGAGCAGUUGGGCCUGUCUGAGUACAUUAGCACUUUCGAACAGGAGAAGAUUGAUGUUGAGUCUCUGCUUAUGUGCACAGUGGAUGAUCUGAAGGAAAUGGGUAUUCCUUUAGGGCCACGCAAGAAGCUUGCCAAGUUUGUCAAAGAGAAGGCAGCAAAGCAGGCUGCACAACAAACAAUUCCAGUAAAAACUGUGGCUAAAGAGGAAAGGAAAGAGGUGUCAGCCCCUCAACAUACUGGAGCAGUCACAGAUGUUUCCAGAAGUAAAGUUCCAGUGGGCAGAACUAUGUCCUCCAUUCAUGUGGAUUAUAAUUGCUUUGAAAUUGGAACUGGGCAGGUGUCUGUGGUGUAUCAUGCUCUGGACUUUGAGCUCGUGAAUUUCUUCGCUUUUGGCUCUCCCGUUGGCAUGUUUCUGACAGUGCGAGGUGUGGAGAAAAUUGAGGAAAACUACCAGUUUCCCACCUGCAAGGGCUUCUUCAACAUUUAUCAUCCACUGGAUCCAGUAGCAUACCGGAUUGAACCCAUGAUCUUACCUGACAUAGACUUGGAGCCUGUUCUGAUUCCCCAUCAUAAAGGGAGGAAGAGGCUUCAUCUUGAGUUAAAGGAGAGUCUCUCUAGGAUGGGUUCUGAUCUGAAGCAGGGUUUCAUCAGCUCCCUAAAGAGCGCUUGGCAGACACUGAACGACUUUGCCCGUGCUCACACGUCCUCUAUGCAACUGCAUGAACAGCUGGCUAUGGUGGCCAGUCAUAUCAAAGAGGAAGAGGAGAAGCAAAAGGACGAAGAUAACCUAGUAGUGGAAGCACCUCCAGAGCUCCUGAAGGAGGAGGUGGCUCAGGUGAAGGUGGGCAUGCUCAAUGCAGGGAAUCGCAUUGACUAUGUCCUUCAAGAGAAACCUAUUGAAAGUUUCAAUGAAUACCUGUUUGCUCUCCAGAGCCAUCUCUGUUACUGGGAGUCCGAGGACACAGCUUUGCUCAUCCUUAAAGAAAUUUAUAGAAGCAUAAACAUACAUCCAGAGCAGACUGCACAUUGAUUGAUAUAAUUUAUAACAAAAACUCAAGCAUACUUUACAAAAAUCAGUUUGAAUCCAUUCCCCUCUCCAGAAGGGUCUGUCUUUGCCAUUAACUCUUGUUUUUCUAUUCUUGUAGUUUCUUGUAUAAAUAUGAAUACAUAAGUAUUAUUACAUGUCUUAAAUUAAGAAAUUAAGAUUUAAAUAGUGGAUUUAAAUACCACUAUACAGUGCAAGAGUUGUGAGUUUUAGUGCUGCUGCUCAGACUUCAUGAAACCUGGUAUUAAUAGAAACUAGUGCUUUAAAUAAUGACACAAGCCUGUUCCUUGUAACUGAGAGCAACAAGUUGCAUAAUAAAGUGAUUUACUACCACC